GUGUGGGUGGGUGGGGGGGUGUGUGUGGGUGUGGGGGUGGGGGUGGGUGUGGGUGUGGGUGUGGGUGUGGGUGUGGGUGUGGGUGUGAGUGUGGGUGUGGGUGUGGGUGUGGGUGUGGUAGUCUUCAGAUCAAGAACGGUCACACCCACACCCUCAAGAAAAUCGAAAAAAUGUUGAAAGAAUCAUUACUUUUGAAACAGUCGUUUUGAACUGUUUCUAUUGACCACAUUUUAAUGUCACUCAAACACUUUGAAUGAGUAUCUUUUAUUUUUCUACAACCCUAUUUCUACAAAUCAGAAAUUUAAUGAUUAUGUUAAAUAUUUUAUUCUUUUUUUGUUCUAGAAUAUUCCGCAGUGCUCAUCAAUUAUAUGCAAAUGAUAAUGAAUUUCAUAGUUUAUUUCUUUAUGCUCGACAUAAUCGUGCAAAACAAGGAAAUCUUCAUAUUGGUGAUUUGGUAGCUGAUAUUCAAUUAUAA